UAUAUAUACUCGUCACCCAAUUUACAAUUAUACACGCUUUCACAGCUAUACAUACAUAAAUACAUACUUACAUACAUACGUACAUACAUACAUUGAUACUGUCACAAAUAUAUACUCACUCAUACCUACAUACAAAUACAUGUUUUUACUACAGAAUAUUAGUGAAGGAAAAAAAAAUACAAUUUAAAUAUUUAUCUAAAACACACAAAAGUAUAAUUAAUUGCUCUGCAUAUCAAAAUAGCCACAAGGAAUCAUUGUUACAUAAUAUUGUGAUAUAAUAUUUAUUUCUCCCUCCCACACACAUAUAUACACACAUAUAUAUAUAGCUGUUAUCCCAUAAAUCGCAUUCCCCCACUACUAAUAUAGCCUUUACAUUAUUCCAUACUUUUUUCGAACAAAAGAGUGAAAGAAAAAAAGUUGUUCUUUUUAAAACUAUCAAAAGUACAAAUCGUCACUAAACAACCAUGAAGUCAGCUAAACUUGCUGUGAGCAGUGAAGGUAGCCCAGAGACAAAAAUCGACCAGAGUGACGGCAACUCAAGCUUUUUGCGGGCAGCGCGGGAUGGGAAUUUGUCAGAAGUGUUGGAAUACCUGAAAGGUAGCACCGAUAUCAAUACCAGUAAUUCAAAUGGCCUCAACGCACUCCACCUCGCCUCUAAGGAAGGCCAUAUUAAUAUUGUCACAGAAUUACUGCGAAGAGGAGCAAAUGUUGAAGCAGCAACUAAGAAAGGGAAUACCGCCCUACACAUCGCCUCAUUGGCUGGUCAUGAGGAAAUUGUCAAAAUCCUCGUACAGAAUGGUGCCAAGGUCAACGUACAAUCAAUGACCGGAUUCACACCAUUGUACAUGGCAGCGCAAGAAGGCCAUUCUGAAGUGGUCAAGUUUCUCUUGGACAACGGGGCUAGCCAGAGCCUUGCCACUGUGGAUGGUUUCACUCCACUUGCUGUAGCACUACAACAAGGGCAUGAUAAGGUUGUAGCUGUUCUCCUAGAACAUGACACCAAAGGCAAAGUACGCCUGCCAGCCUUACAUAUCGCUGCUAAAAAAGAUGACAUUGGAUCAGCAAACCUUUUGCUUCAAAAUGACCACAACGCUGACAGUUCUACCAAGAGUGGUGGGUUGGUUAAUGACACAACUAAGAGUGGUUUCACACCAUUGCACAUCGCUGCACAUUAUGGCAAUGUCAACGUUGGUACUCUACUUAUUCAAAAGGGUGCAGACGUCAACUACAAAGCUAAGAACAACAUCACCCCUCUACAUGUGGCAUCUCGCUGGGGUAAGUCAAAUAUGGUCAUUCUUCUCUUAGACCACGACGCCACCAUUGAAGAAAGAACUCGGGAUGGAUUAACACCGCUGCAUUGCGCAGCCAGAAGUGGCCAUGAGAAUGUAGUUGACCUGCUCUUAGAGAGAGGCGCACCGUUUUCCGCAAAAACAAAGAAUGGUCUUACGCCUCUGCAUAUGGCAGCCCAAGGAGACCACGUUGACUGUGCACGCUUACUUCUAUACCACAAAGCUCUCGUCGAUGAUGUAACUGUGGAUUAUUUAACUCCUCUACAUGUUGCUGCUCAUUGUGGAAAUGUCAAAACAGCCAAGCUGUUAUUGGACAGGAAGAGUGACCCAAAUGCAAGAGCCCUGAAUGGUUUCACCCCAUUACACAUCGCAUGCAAAAAAAACCGAAUAAAGGUGGUGGAACUGCUUCUCAAAUAUGAUGCCUCUAUUGAAGCUACUACUGAGUCUGGACUCACCCCAUUGCAUGUUGCAUCCUUCAUGGGUCACAUGAACAUAAGCAUCUACCUGAUCCAACAUAACGCCAACCCAGACUACCCGACCGUUCGAGGGGAAACCGCUCUCCAUCUUGCUGCCAGAGCCAACCAGACUGACAUCAUUCGCAUACUUCUGCGAAACGGAGCCACCGUUGAUGCUAAAGCCAGAGAACAACAAACACCACUUCACAUUGCUGCACGUCUGGGUAAUGUAGACAAUGUCGUUCUACUUCUACAACAUGGUGCCAGUCCAAAUGCAACAACAAAAGAUCUGUACACACCACUGCACAUUGCUGCUAAAGAAGGACAUGAAGAAGUGGCUGCAGCUCUCCUAGAUCAAGGAGCUGAUCACAGCCUCACCACCAAAAAGGGAUUCACUCCACUGCAUAUUGCAGCCAAAUACGGAAACAUCAAAGUCGCCCGCCUGCUGUUGCUGAAAAAUGCUGAACCUGAUGUGCAGGGCAAGAACGGACUAACACCUCUUCACGUUGCCACUCACUACAAUCAUGUGAACGUAGCUCUUCUCCUGCUUGACAAUAAAGCUUCACCUCAAGCCAUGGCAAAGAAUGGCUAUUCACCACUCCAUAUUGCUGCUAAGAAAAAUCAAAUGGACAUUGCUACAACUUUACUGGAGUUCGGAGCCAACCCAGCUGCCGGGUCAAAGAACGGCUUCACACCUCUCCACCUUGCCUCACAAGAGGGUCACACUGAUAUGGUCUCCUUGUUACUGGAACACAAAGCAAAUGUUAAUGACAAAGCAACCAAUGGACUGGCACCUAUUCACCUGGCUGCCCAAGAAGAUAAAGUUAAUGUGGCUGAAGUCUUGGUUAAAUUUGGCUCGGAGAUUGACCCUCAAACAAAGGCUGGUUACACUCCGCUGCACACUGCCUGCCACUUUGGACAAACAAAUAUGGUACGAUUCCUGCUUGACCACAAUGCAUCAGUCAGCUCUACAACUAAGUUGGGUUACACACCACUUCACCAAGCGGCUCAGCAAGGCCAUGUGAUGGUUAUCAAUUUACUUCUCAAGAACAAAGCAUCACCCAAUGCUGUAACUAAUACUGGCCAAACAGCACUAUCAAUUGCACAGCGUUUGGGCUAUAUUUCGGUGGUUGAUACGCUGAAAAAUCUGACCGAGGUGACGGAAACACUACCUGCGAUUGAAGACAAGUAUAAAGUAGUUGCCCCAGAAACCAUGACUGAGACAAUGUUGUCAGACUCGGAAGAUGAAGGGGACGAUCUCAUGCCUCAAUCACCUGUGUUUGGAAAGCCCUUGUCAGAGCAACAUGUCUAUUUGCCUUAUUACGAAGGACAAACUCUCCAAAUGCGUGAAGAUACCAUCUCCAUUGAAAAGGGUGACAUUACUUCACCCCUUGAUCUCUCUUUUGACAAGGACUUGCGUAAAGUUCGAGCGACUUCUCAGGAAGCUCGCACUCGUGACAUUAGCCCUGGCCUGGCAUACCCCAAGUACCUGGAAAAGGGUCCCGACUACGAAGCAGAGAUGAUAUACUACAGUGGAGAUGUGUUAUCACCUCAAGAAAAGCACCAGCAGGGUCACGACAGUGUCAUUGCUAAUGGAUUCUCAACCCUAGACCAACUAUCCCCAUCCCUCGAAAGGGACCGUUUGUCAACAUGUGAUAAAGAUUCUGCUUUCGAUAGAGAAUCCAUUCUGGGUAGACAUUCUCCAUACCCACAACAAGCCGAACUGGCAUACGCGAGGAACGUGUCCUCACGACCUCCUACUUCUUUGGGCAGCUACAUUGAUGAUGAAAAUCUGAGCUAUGUUGAUGACAUAGAUUCGUCAUCUUUACAGAAAGGAGAUUACUUUGCUGAAGACAUAUAUGCCCGGGAAUCAUUUCGCUAUGGCCGAGAGGCUGGCCCGGUGUAUCGCGACACCAUGAUCAGUCAAUCAGUGGCACCGCGCACUGAAGCCGUGGUCUAUCAAGGAGAGUUGACCGGUAGCAUUGCCACCGACACUGGAAGUGACUUCAGAUUUCUACCAGACGAUUCUAUACCCAAGCAACAAGACUACCUUGAACACCAGAUUAUUAGUCAUACAUAUGCUAGUCAUCCUGACAACCGUUAUCUGAACAACACAAUGGAGAGUUCUCGUUAUAGUUCGUACAGUGGCUCUUCCUUCAACACAAGUUUUGACCCCGAUAACGUGGCUGUUGACCGCACCCCAACUUACUCAGGCAAACUAAAAUGGAAAAGUUUCCUGGUCAGUUUUAUGGUGGAUGCACGCGGUGGGGCCAUGCGGGGUAGCCGUCACUCCGGAGUACGUAUCAUCAUUCCACCUCGGAAAGCAUACAUGCCCACAAGAGUAACCUGCAAGCUGAUUAAAAGAGAAAAAUUAAGCCAUCCGCCUCCCCUCAAUGAAGGUGAGGCACUUGCUAGCCGCAUUCUCGAGAUGGGGCCUGUUGGAGUCAAAUUUCUUGGUCCUGUCAUCAUUGAAGUCCCUCAUUUUGCCUCACUUCGUGGAAAGGAAAGAGAAAUAGCCAUCAUCCGUUGUGAUGAUGGAGAGAAAUGGACAGAACAUCCCAUACUAGCAACAGAGGAAGCGGUUAAUGACACUCUUAAUGGAAGUUUCGAAGGUCAAAAUUCCUCUGCGUCCAGUCUGUGGAAAUUGGACCAAGAAGAUGAACUAGUUGCCAAGCGUAUUACACGCAUUCUAACAACAGAUUUCCCCAUGUACUUUGCGAUUGUUACUCGCGUACGUCAAGAAAAUCAGACAAUUGGCUUUGAAGGUGGAAUGCUCAGUUCCACAGUUGUCCCUCAAGUCCAAACUAUAUUCCCUGAAGGAGCAUUAACCAAGAAAAUCCCUGUUGGUCUCCAGGCUCAGCCCAUUGCUCCAGAACUUGUCGCCAAGAUGCUCGGCAACCGCGUGGCUGUCAGUCCUAUUGUUACAGUGGCACCACGCCGCCGUAAGUUCCACAAGCCUAUAACCCUCACUAUACCAGUUCCGAGGGCUGCACAGAAAGGGAUGAUAAAUCAGUAUGGUGGUGACGCACCAACUCUUCGUCUACUAUGCAGUAUUUCCGGUAAGCGAGGAACGACCCCAGCUGUUUGGGAAGAUAUCACUGCCAGCACCCAACUUACAUUUGUAAAUGACUGUGUUUCAUUCACAACAACUGUUUCAGCUAGGUUCUGGUUGAUGGAUUGUCAAAAUGUGAAUGAAGCAAGUCGAAUGGCCACCGAACUCUACCAAGAAGCAGUGGUUGUACCUUUCAUGGCGAAAUUUGUCAUAUUCGCCAAGCGGCAUGCUCCUGAAGAAGGGAAACUGCGAAUGUUUUGUAUGACUGAUGACAAGAUUGACAAAACUCUAGAAAAGCAAGAAAAGUUCACUGAAGUCGCUCGGAGCCGAGAUGUUGAAGUGCUGCAAGGACGACCACAGUAUGUGGAGAUGGCUGGCAAUCUAAUACCUGUCACCAAAUCUGGUGAUCAGCUGUACGUCCAUUUCCGAGCAUUCCGAGAAAACCGCCUUCCCUGUACGGUGAAGGUUCGUGAUCUAGACCAAGAGGCAGCUGCUCGUGUGGCUUUCAUGAAAGAACCGAAAGUAGCACGGGGUGAGGCACCUCAAUCUCCCAUCUGUAACCUCAACAUUGUACUACCUGAUGUAUCCAAGGCCGAUUCAAUGGAAAUCACUUCAGAGGAAGCUCUUGAAGUUCGAAAACGGCACAGUCUUCUUAGAGAACAUGGAAUAGUUCUCCAAGAUACCAUCAGUCGAGCCCAGAUGAAAAUAGUGGACGUUGCCGACACACUGCAAGGUGAUUGGGUGAUGCUGGCCCAACAGCUAGACAUCACAAUGUCGGAGAUUAAUAAGAUCAAAACAGACUACAACACAGUCAAUGAUCAAGCUUUGGCUAUGCUACAUCUCUGGGUGGAGAAGAAUGGCGAAAAAGCAUCAGGUAAUGCAUUAGAAAAGGCAUUGAUACGCAUCAGUCGUGAAGAUGUAGUGAAGAAAUGCAUGUACGAUGUUGUAACAGUUGAGGAUGAAGUGGAUAUGGCAGCUGGGAGAGUUGCCAUGGAUCAGUCAGGCUUUGAUACUUUCAAGGAAGAAGUGGGUAUAUCUCGGGACUCCUCAAUGAAACGAGGCAUCUCAUUAGAUGUCUCCUAUGAUGAACAAGACAUGAUCAAGAUGAAGAAAUCACCAGAAAUUAAAUCAUUACAUAGCAAAAUAUUGGAAUCUGAGUCUGCAGAGGAAUCGGGCAGUGAUGCUGACACCGAAAGGCACCGAAUAGCUAAAGCACCUCCCCCGCCAGCAGCGAUGAGCCAGGAUGAAGUAUUGGUUAAGCAUGUGGACCGCAGGCGUCCAGAAGCUGCACCCAUUGCUGAGUCUAGUGUGGAUGGUUCUGACCGCAAAAAAAAUGCCUUCGUUGAAUUUGCUAGACAAAUGGAUGAACUAAGUGACAUGGAAGAAACCAUUAAACCAGUUGCCACUUCUGAACAAGAUGAAAAACCGUCUAUCAGUGAAGAAACUAUAGUAAGUAGAGUGAAGGGAGCUGGGACUGUGACGUCAGUCAUCACCAAAACCGUUGUCACAGAAACAGUCGCUAAGGAAGCUAUUGUCAAAGACGAAGCCCCAGAAGUGAUGGCUCCGUGUGUGGAUGUUGCUGAUACAAGAUCAUCAAGCGGCAGCUCUAUCUGCGACAAAGAACAACAAGAAAUUUUACCUCAAACUAAGACUCCUCCACCUUCGCCAACUGAAACGUCUACAUCAGAGCUUGUUAGCCAUAGAACUACUGAACUUGCACAAGCAAGAGACCGACUUUCUGAAGAAAUGGAGAGUAACCAACACACGCCAUCAGCGACGGCCCGUCUCGCUGUGGCGGGGAAAACACCCACCAUAACUAUCACCGAGGACAGCAGCAGCCCCCAUCAUGACGAUGAUGAUGAAGAAAGCGAUGAUUAUCUCCGCUUUAUCGAAAAGCAUCAGCAAAAAAUGCAACAGCAACAACAACAAGCUGCUGCUGCUGUUGACAAAGCAGGUCAAGAGCCAACCACCACGACCACCACCACAGUGUCUUCUGAAGGCCAUGGGGAAGAAUCAGAUGAUGAGAGUGAGGGUAAAACAAGAUCAGUCGCUUCUAUUAUUCAAAUGUUUGAGCAAACAUCUGACACUGCUUUGCAAAGUUCAGCUACAGACAUUGUUCGUGAAGUCCAGAAAUCAGCACAAGCAACGUUACGCAAAGAAUCUCAGGAAUUCGUAAAGCAAGACUCUUCUGAGUGGGUUGUCAUUGACGACAGCGAUCUUGAUGGCUUUGAUGCAGAAAAGGUGCCAUCAGCCAAUGGUACUUAUGUUGAAACAGAAGAUUCUGCUCCAAAGGUAGAAGAAUGGGUAAAAGUCUCUGCUGUCAAAGAGAAAUUUGAGGACAAAAUUAAGAAUGGCUCCAUGUCUGAAAAAACUAUUAUACGUGAAGCCACCAAAGUUCACACAAGCACUUUAGCAAAACAUAAAUCUUCAGAGAAAGCUGAUGAUGUUGAUCAACCUUACGGUGUCCCGGAACCGCCCGACGCCCACUUUAAGACUCCCUCAGAUGAUGAAAAUCUUGAAUUUUCUGAGAAACUGAAAAUGUUUACUGGUAAACAUGCCCAAAAUUAUUAUGUCACAACUCAACCUGAUGAGUUAUUAAGCUCUGAUGAAGAAACACCAGACACUACCUCGAAAGGAAGUGAAAGGUCAUACCAAACUGCAUCUGAAACGAGUGAAAUCCGAUCUGAAACUGUAAAAGUGUCUUCUACAGGAGAGCAAAAAAGUGAAGUCGUUGAAGAACGACGCGAAAGCACUUCAUCACUGAUUGCCAAGUUUGAGGAAGCUACAACUCGUGAAAAGCCGUCAAAGAAAGAGGCCAUGUCAUUUGACAAGGAUAGCAAAGAAACAGUACAAAAAGAAGUGACAAAAUCUUGGAAAACUGAUUCUUCUCAAAGUGCAGUCCAGGAGAUAAAGGAAAGUCACGUAUUCCAAGAGAAAAAAGAAAGCAUUUCUUCAGAAGGGGAAACUCCUGAUUUGAAGGAAUUUCCUAAAGAGAGUAAAGAAACUGUAUCAUCAGUUGAGAAGAGCUUCAAGACUGAAACAACAGAAAUGAAACAGAAAGUAGAAUAUUCUGUAGAUGAUGGCAAAGUAAAAGAGAUCUUCACUUCUGAAGAUAGCCAAAUUUUAUCAUCUAAGACUUUGGACAAAACUAUAUCCUCACUUGAUAAAGAUAUCUCACCUGAACUUAAGGAUAAAUCACCUUCACCAGAACCUCAGCUGAAAUCACGCUUACAUGAGGCUAAAGAGAAAACUCCCUCACCAGAGCCCCAACUUAAGUCUCCUUCACCAGAGCCCCAACUUAAGACUCCUUCACCAGAACCUAAAGAGAAAACUCCUUCACCAGAACCUAAAGAGAAAACUCCUUCACCAGAACCUAAAGAGAAAUCUCCUUCACCAAAACCUAAAGAUAAAUCUCCUUCACCUCUUCAGCUAAAGUCAAAGUCUCCCUCACCAGAACCUAAAGAAAAGACUCCAUCACCACCUCACAUGAAAUCAAAGUCUCCCUCGCCACCUCACCUAAAGUCAAAGUCUCCCUCACCAGAACCUAAAGAUAAGUCUCCCUCACCAUCUCACCUGAAGUCAAAGUCCCCUUCACCAGAACUUAAAGAUAAGACUCCUUCACCAAAGUUACAACUUAAGUCUUCUUCACCAAAACCUAAAGAUAAGUCCCCCUCACCACCUCACCUAAAGUCAAAGUCCCCCUCGCCACCACACCUAAAGUCAAAAUCUCCCUCGCCUGAACCUAAAGAUAAGUCUCCCUCACCACUUCAGUUAAAGUCAAAAUCUCCCUCACCAGAAGUUAAAGACAAGUCUCCUUCACCACUCCACUUUAAGUCAAAGAGUCCUUCACCAGAUCUGAAAGAGAAGUCUCCAUCACCACCUCACCUAAAAUCAAAAUCCCCUUCGCCAUCUCACCUAAAGUCAAAAUCUCCCUCACCAGAACCUAAAGAUAAGUCUCCCUCACCACUUCAGUUAAAGUCAAAAUCUCCCUCGCCUGAACCUAAAGAUAAGUCUCCCUCACCACUUCAGUUAAAGUCAAAAUCUCCCUCGCCUGAACUUAAAGAUAAGUCUCCCUCACCACUUCAGUUAAAGUCAAAAUCUCCCUCGCCUGAACUUAAAGAUAAGUCUCCCUCACCACUUCAGUUAAAGUCAAAAUCUCCCUCACCUGAACCUAAAGAUAAGUCUCCCUCACCACUUCGGUUAAAGUCAAAGUCUCCCUCGCCUGAACCUAAAGAAAAGACUCCAUCACCACUUCGGUUAAAGUCAAAGUCUCCCUCACCAGAACCUAAAGACAAGUCUCUUUCACCACUCCACCUUAAGUCUAAGAGUCCUUCACCAGAACUUAAAGAGAAGACUCCAUCACCACUUCGCCUAAAGUCAAAAUCUCCCUCACCAGAACCUAAAUCAAAGACUCCCUCACCACUUCAGCAAAAGUCAAAGUCUCCUUCACCAGAGCUUAAAGAUAAGGCUCCUUCACCACUUCACCUGAAGUCAAAGAGUCCUUCACCAGAAAUUAAAGAGAAGACUCCAUCACCACCCCACCUAAAGUCAAAGUCUCCCUCACCAGAACUUAAAGAUAAGCCUCCCUCUCCACCUCACCUAAAGUCAAAGCUUCCCUCACCACCUCACCUGAAGUCAAAGUCUCCCUCACCAGAACCUAAAGGGAAGACUCCCUCACCAGAGCCUAAAGAGAAAACUCCAUCACCACCACACAUAAAGUCAAAGUCUCCCUCACCAGAACCUAAAGCUAAGUCACCCUCUCCACCACGUCUGAAAUCAAAGUCUCCCUCACCAGAACCUAAAGAAAAGAUUCUAUCAUCAAAGCCUCAACUCAAGUCUCCUUCACCAGAACCACAGCUGAAAGCAUCUUCCCCAGAGCCUCAGGCCUCUGAAAUUUGUCCUAAGCCCUAUGAUGAAGAAGAUUUUGAAAUUAUUGAGCAGGAGGAAAUUUUGGAAGCCAAAAUUUCCAUAGAGCGCCAGACACCGUUCGAACCAGCUGCUAUUGAUCUUUCAUCAACUGACAAGGUUUGUCCUCCAAAAGAACAUGGAGCUGAGCCACCAGAUGAUGGCCUUCAGACACAACUAGAAGAAGAACCUCACAAAGAUACUGAUUAUGAAAUCUCAAGGAGAGAAGUUUUUUUAGAAAAGGAAUCUCGCAGUUUCUAUACAUCGAAGCCCGAGCCAUCUAAAGACAUAAUCUCAAGCAAAUUUGCUGACAAGGAUGUGCACACCAUUGUCUCCACAACCUCUGUCAAGGAAGUGUCAACAACCAUCUCUGAACACACAACCAAAGUAAUUGAAGAUGAAGAUAAGGAAAGCACAACUAUAUCUAGUGAGAAAGAUUUUCUUUCAAAAAACGAGAUGCGAUCUCCUGUAUGUGAUGACGUACAGGAGAGUAAAGUAGUGGAAAGUGUACCUGCUGACAGUGUUGAGGUUUCACCUGUGGAGCAAAAAAUUACUAGAAAAUCAUCGUCUGGUGAACUGUUUGAGAUCUCUCGACAGGAAGAAAAAAUGAUUAUAGACUCUCCAGAGAAACUAGAAAUUCAUGAGUGGCAGACUCCAGCACCAGAAGCUACUGAACGAUUUGACAGACAGGCUGAAUCUAUGUCUGAUGAGAGUUUAGUAGAGGUUCAGCUGGAUGCUUUAAAGGAAGAUAUUAGAGAAAAAGUGCUUGAAGAAACCCAAGAAAGAGCAGUCAAACGAUUACAACAAUUACAGGAUGUUUCAGAUGAGGAAUCAGAUGAAAUAUUUACUCACACUGAUCAAAGAACAAAAGAGGAAUUCACUGAGAGGUCAUAUGAGGACUCCAAGAAAAAGGUAUCCUCGACAGAGUCACCGGGAUUAUCACCAACAGCAGACCAUCUUAAAAAAGAUCUGGGUGAUCGAACAGAGAUAACUUAUGAAUUCCCUGUACAAGAAGACUUGUCUUCAGAUGAAGGAUCCAAAGGUAGUUCUCUGGAAAUGUUCCUGACACAUGAAAAGAGCUGUCAGGAGGAAGAAGAAGAAGAAAAGUAUACUUCACCCAAAGAUCAAACCUCCGUUACUCAUGAACAACGGAUUUCCACAGUAACAUCAGAAUAUAAAACAUCAAGUACAUCUGAAAUGAUAGAAGAAAGUAUCAGCAAAGAAGAGAAAUCUGUGUAUUCAAGUAAAAUCUCCCAAGAAUACCGUGUAGAAGAUGAGCAGGACAUGACAUCUGAUGAGGAAACAUCUGAAGAAAUCCAGGAAACUGAUACCUCAAAGAAAACAGCACCUCAGUUUAGUUCCAUUCUGUCAGAGGAAGCUACUUAUUUUGAAAUCAGCAGGCAAGAGCAGUUCAUGACAGUUGCCUCACCUGAAAAAAUUGAAUAUAAAACACCGGCCAAAAGCGAUGGUCUUAGUUUUAGUGCCGAUCCUUUUUUAGUAUCUAGUGCCUUGGCACAUGAAACAUCGGUGGAGAGUAUUAGAAGCAUUCCCAAAGCGGAAUCUCCCCUAACUGAGCAAUCUCCAAAACAUGUAGCCAAGGAUGACACUUCUGACCGAACUGAGGAGAAAUAUUCUGUUGAUCUUGCUGCUUUACAAGCAGAGUCUGAUGCUAAGUUUAAAGAAACUUCGCCUCACGACUUCCAAGAAGAGAAAUAUCUAUCGAGUGAUGAUGAGAGCGAUGAUGAUGAUCAUGAUGAUGUUGACAUAAUGACAGAAAUGGAUUAUAUGUCUAAAUCUCAGAGUAUAGAUGUCACAGAUGAAAUGGAGAAAAGAUCUGAAGAUAUUACAGAUAGUGGCUUUAAAAGUGGAGCAGAUGAUGAUCUAUCGAGGAGGAGUACUGACAAAGAUCAAGUAGACUUUACAAAAUCAUUUCCUUUUCAAACAUCAGAGGAACAACUUGUUAAAGAAGAGAUCUCUAACAAAGAAGUAAGGAACGAGAGUUUCAAACAAGAAACUCGAGUUCAAGAAACUACAGUUCAUGAAGGCUCUAUUGAGGAACGUAAAGUUCUUGACGACAUAACUCCCAGCAAAUUCACAUCAGAAUCAAAGAUUAUUGAAGAUGUGAAAGUAAAGAGAUCAGAAACCGCAACAACAGAGGAGAGUACUACCCGAUCGACCACUGUCGGUGAUGAAAUUCAAUCAAUCAAAGAUGAAACUCGUUCAGUGAAACAAAAAGAUGUAGAGUCUGAGAGUAAAAGGGAACAGGCAACUGUAGAAGAUGAGUUUCAAAAGGAAACAACUGAAGAAUUAACAACUAAAGAUGCCCUCAAAAUGCAUAGUGAACUGACUGAAGGGAAAUCUCAGACUUUUGAAGAAGAUGGCACCAAGAUAGAAAUAAGUCAAGAAAAGUCAUCUGUAUGUGAUAAGUCAUUUGAAGAAGAGAUUGGGAAACAGCAGUAUGAAAAAGAAUCGAAAGACGGAGAAAUUCAGAAAAUUGAAGAUUUGGAACAGAAACUGACUGAGAAAGAUUCUAAACUGGAAAUUGUCACUGAUACUGUCAGCAGAGAAGAUGAUUUCCAGAAAGAAAUUAAAAAAGAAGUAGCUGUAAAGGAUGAGUCCAAGCUGAGCAUGACAAUCACCGAUGACUUGAUGGAAAUUGAUAAAACAGACAAAAAGUUCAAAUCUCAAACAUCUGAAAUUGAGGAGAACGUACAACACGAAGACACUUUUCACAAAGAAGUGGUUGAAUUAAAAGAACCUGAAACAGCUAGAGUUCUUGAAGUAAUUGAAGGAGAAGAUUCUGGGGGUGAGAGCGACCAUUCUUUCAUUGAACAUAGUGAUGAGGAGAACGAACAAAUGGAGGCUUUAACAAGGAGUGGUCAUUUAAUGACCUCAACAAGAAUGGAAGAUCUUGUUGAAGAAGAAGUUGAUGAGACUGAAGCUGAAGACCAGUUUAUUGACAGACGAGAAUAUUUUGAACAUCAACAAAGGGACACGAUUGACUUCAGAAUUGUUCAGAGAAAUGGUGGGCCUGAUUUUAAUGCCACCGACAGGUUUCCUCCUUUACACCCAGACAAAGACGUAACAUCAGUUCGGAAAGGUACACUGAAAGACAGUGAUAUCCCUUCAAAGAGCCAACAACCUGUUCAACCCCAAGAAGAUCAGAUUCCUUUUUUAGGGAAACAGGAAACAGUCCAGGAAAUAACCGACACUAAAACCAGCACAUUGACCAAUGAGAAAUCAACUAUUGGACAGAGUACUGGGCUGUUUCCAUCUGAAUCUCUAAAAGAAACCGAGAAAGUGUCACACAAGAUUGCUACUGAUAAAGUGAAUUUCACUGAAGAUUUCACUUCAUACAACUCCCACAUAACUGAUGACUAUACGAAUUACUCCUCUGACUUCUCCUCUUAUCACCGUGAUGGAAGUGGUUUGGGUGCCCGUAACAUCCUUGUCCCAUCUUCUUCCACCGAAGCACAGGAACGUUCAGCUACUCCCAGUGCCAGCGAUGAUGAUGACAGUUCUGGUGAGUACUAUUCAACUGAACGCAUCAAAAAACUGAGGGCAAUUGAUCAAAUGACCGAGAGUAUUGAGUACCCAUUAAAAGACAAGACCGACAAAGACAGCAAUGGCAGACCCCUGUCACCCACUGAAUACACACUCAUGACUGAAUCCCAAUUGGAACUUCAUGAGGCACUUCAGUCUGUGGUUGACGAUCAAGACAUAAUGACUCAGUCGAUGAUCGAGUCCCAUGAAUCAUUGACCCAAUCAAUGAUUGACCCGAUGACACAAUCCCAAAUCGGAGAAGAGUUCAGACGUUCGCUUGAUUCACAGUCUGACAUCGAUAGUAGAAUGAGCAUCGAAUUAAGCAGAGAAGCUGAACUUGAACAAGAGGAGUCUGACCUGAAAAAGGAUGAAGAGAGACCUCCGUCACCAUCAGAAUUCACACUAUUAACAUCCCUUGAGCAGGAAGAACUUGCCAAAGCUCUCGGGUUACAGGAUAAUGGUUUAACAGCAGUUGAGAUUGAAGACGAGUAUGAAUCAGUAGAUAAAGACCGAGAUGAAACUAGUCAACAGCUUGCUCAACAGCCAUCCGCUCCCACACGAGAUGAUCAGUUCACCGCAGAUGCUGAUCUAAAAGGUAUUGACAAACAGGAGAUCAUAUUUGAGCAGAUGGUUGAACAAAUUGUUUGUGAGGGAAACAAAAUAUCGAUGCCUGAUUCCACGUUACAAGAUGAAGAUUCGGUUUCCACUGAACCAGCGUUGAUGUCAUCAUCUCAGUCUAGAGACAACAACACGUAUUCUAGUAUCAGCAGUUCUGAUUUUGGCGAACAAGUAGCUGCUGUACAAUCUCAGCAACCCUGUAGAGAAGACAGCGGCUCCGAUGAUCGAGCUCUAACUGAAGAAGACUUUGAACGCAUGAUGUCCAGUUAUGAAAAUGUUUAUGACGGAGUGCAACUCGCUCCUGAAGUCAGCAAGUUAGCCAUGAAUGCCAGUGAUCUAGACAUCGGAGAUCGUUUUGACACAAAACAACUUGACCUACAUCUUCAGCCAACUGGACGCUCUUCAAGUUAUGAGCAGCUUUACAAAGAAACAGGCGAAGAGAUCGCUGAAACAAGUGAACAAGCCGAGCAAGUUGUUUAUUCCGCAGAGUCGAAAGAAGAUAUGCCUCGUACUGACCAGCAUGAUGUCCAGCGAGAAUUAAUAACGGCUGCGAAGGAUGAGGAGGAGAAGGAGGAGGAAGAGGAGGAGAACCUCAGCUCCUCCAGUUCCGAAGUAGCGCAAGUUGAAGAUGUAGAUUUUCUGCCAGAUGCCGAGAUGCGUGACACCAGUGAAGAAAAAACAGAAGAAACGGAUGUGGAAGAGCAGUUCUCUCCCCUUCCUAAAAGUUCUCCUGCUUCUAAAGGUGCUCUUGAUCUUAGGUUAGAAGACAAGUUCUUUUCGUUCACCCAAUCCCCUGUGGAGUCCCCAACUGCUGAAAUAGCAAAUGAAAUAUCUCCAGCUCAAGAUCUUCUUGACGUCAAAGACAUGCAAAUAACUGUUGGCCUUUCACCAUCAGAGAUUAAUGCUAAGUCCAAGCUGGGAUCUCUUUCAGAAUUCUAUGAAACAAAAACAACUGAAGAUUUCAAAACAAUGUCCAAAAUAAUCGCCUCGAAAACCCCCAGAGUAGAAUAUGAGAAAGAUAGUGGUGAAUCCUUCAACAUCCCUAGGAUUUCAACUGAUUCUGAUACAACUGAGGAAAGACUAGAGCUUGAUAAUGUAACAGAACAAUCUGCUACAUCAUUAAUGUCUGAAGAACACGAUGGAACCGAAGAUGACUAUAAAAGAGAAACACCUGAAGAAAGAGCGGAACGUUUAUCUUCCAUGGCCUUUGAUAACAUGGGUUUUGCUGGUGAAGAUGUUGUCGACAGUGAAAUAAAGACACACUCUGAUGACUUCUCUGAAGAGAGUCCAAGUCUUGCUGCCAAAGAAAUAUCUCCAGAAGAUCUUGAAGAGAAGUCACAUCAAUUUGACUUCCCAGCUGUCCAUCAAGAAAUAUGGCAGAUGGGUAUCCAGGCACUGGGGAAAACCAAAUUAUCAGAAGAGAAUGAGAUGUUUUCCAGCUCAAUGAAAUUUGAAGAAGUAACACACAAGGUCUCAUUUGAAAAAGAUGAUGAUGAGGAGAGUGGUGCUGCAAUGUAUUCUGAGAGUGAAGAAACCUCCCGUUCAGAAAGUGGAGAUACUAAAGAUCAGAACUCUUUCCAAGAAUCUAUCCAAAGGUCUAAAACAUCCGAUGGCCAAUUUGAAGCUACCUCAGAAAUAAGAACAGAAAAAACCAUUGUAACAUCAUCCAGAGCACAAGUCUCUUUAUCAGAAAGUCAAAGUAAAAUGAUAACCGAGACCAAGGUCUAUCAAGCAAAAGAACCCAGUGAAGGAAUUGAACUUACCGGACAUGACGCCACAGAGAAAACAGCUAGACAUCUUACAACCACAGCUAGUGAGCCCAUUAUUUCUCAUCCAUUCGAUCAGUCUACAGUGGAAACUAUAUCCCCAGAGGCCAGUAGUUCUGACAGUGAAGGUUUCUAUGACAAAGAAUCUGGCAAAAAGUUACCUUGGGAAACUGUCCAUCAUUUCUCCCGACAGUUCUCUGAUAACUAUCUUGAACAGCAAGAAAAACAAGGAAUAGUUACUGUGCAGUCAGUUGACAUGGGUGUAUUUUACCGGAGAAGUAGCAAAGACUAUUCAAACAUAACAUUUAGUGAACAAGAUAUCUCUGAGUCUAUUGCUGAAGAAGAGGAAGAACCCCCCAAACGGGUUACCUUCACGCUUUCAGAAGAUUUGGAAGAGUUUCCAUCAGAAGUAGCUACAGGUUCGGAUGAGUCAAAACAUGAUGAUGAAGUUGAACAAGAAAUUAGGAAACCAGAUGAUAUCUUUGAUGAGUCUGUCAAAGAUCAAAUUGUAGUCAAGACAAUAAAAAAACAACCUACUGCACUAUCCAAAACAGAAGAACCUGUCGUCACAACAUCUAAGACAGAAGAACCUGUCGUCACAACAUCCAAGACAGAAGAACCUGUCGUCACAACAUCCAGGACAGAAGAACCAGUUGUCACAACAUCCAAAACAGAAGAACCUGUCGUCACAACAUCCAAGACAGAAGAACCUGUCGUCACAACAUCCAAGACAGAAGAACCUGUCGUCACAACAUCCAAGACAGAAGAACCUGUCGUCACAACAUCCAAGACAGAAGAAUCUAUCAUCACAACAUCCAAAACAGAAGAACCCAUUGUCACAACAUCUAAAACAGAAAAGUCUGUCUUCUCAACAUUCAAGACAGAAGAACAUGUUACAUCUUCUAAAGGCGAGGAACCUGUCAUCACUACAGUGAAGACAGAACAUAUAACUACGACAUACAAAACUGGAGAACCUGUCAUCACAACUUCAAAGAAAGAAGAGUCUGUCAUCAAAACCUCUAAAACAGAAGAACCUGUCAUCACAACAUCAAGGACAGAAGACAUUACUAUAGCAUCCGAGGCUGAAGAACCUGCCUUUGUAACUUCCAAGACAGAACAUGUUACAACAUCGACAACUGAAGAACCUGUCGUCACAACAUCUAAAACUGAAGAAUAUGUUACAUCUACGACUGAAGAACCUGUCGUCACAACAUCUAAAACUGAAGAAUAUGUUACAUCUACAACUGAAGAACCUGUUAUCACAACAUCUAAAACUGAAGAAUAUGUUACAACAUCUACGACUGAAGAACCUGUCAUUAUAACCUCCAAGACUGAAGAACGUAUUAUAACAUCUACAACCAAAGAACCUGUUGUCACAACAUUCAAGUCAGAAGAACAUGUUAAAACAUCCAAAACUGAAGAAUGUGUCAUCACAACAUCUAAGGCAGAGGAACCUGUCAGUACAACAAUGACAGAAGAACAUGUUACUACAAAAUCUGAAAGUGAAGAACCUGUUGUCACAACAACCAGGACAGAACGCAUCAUCACAACAUCUAAAAUUGGAGAACCUGUCAUCACAACAUCAAAAACAGAACAUGUUACAACAACAUCUAAAACUGGUGAACCUGAUGUUACAACAACCAAAACAGAAGAAUUUUUCACUACAACAUCAGAACCUGGAGAACCUGUCAUCACCACCUCUGAAACUGGUGAACCUGUCGUCACAACAUCCAAGACAGAAGAACGUGUCAUCACAACAUCCAAGAGAGAAGAACCUGUCAUCAGAACAUCUAAGACUGAACAUUUUACUGUGGAUCCAAAAGACAAAUUUGACAUACCAACUGCCAAAACAGACCAUGUUACCACGACAACUAAGUCAGCACAUGUCACUGUAACUUCCACUGUAGAACAUGUCAUCAAAACAUCCAAGAAAAAAGAUGAUAUUGAAGAAGCUGAGGAAGAGUCUAUAGUGGAAGCCAAGAAAGAUAUCCUUGAACCAUAUGAUAGGAUGUCUGGAGAAUAUGAAGCUACUGUUUUGGCUAAUAUAAUGGAUGACCAUUCUUCUAAACAAGAAAAAGCACCCGAAUCACCUGAUGAAUUAUCUAGAGAAGACACUUUAAAAGAGAAAGAUCUUGAGUAUGAAAUGGUCUCCAAGAGUGCUGGUGACUUAGCCAGUCCUAGUGAAAGUAAGUCUUCAGACCUUUCAUUAGAUCUUUCCUCAGAAAAACUUCCAUCAAAAGAUGAUCUUGAUGAAGAACACCAACUUCGACCAAAACCAGACAGUGAAGAAGUGUCACCAAAAUCAGGAAUAAUCGGUGUUGUAAGCAUUGAAUCUCGGAUGGCCCAAAAAGAAUUAUUACAGGAGUCAGCAGAUGAGAAGGAUCGCUCCCUUUCACCAUCAGUUGAUAGUGAUGAGUUAUCAACCACUUAUGAAAGUCAGGCUGAACUACAGGAAGAACUCUGGUCUGAAAUCCCCCCUGUUGAUCGCUAUCCUGCCCCUGCCAGAAGGAAGCAUUAUGCUGAUGGUGAAUCCUCAGAAGCAGAGAAAGAAUCUCCUGAAAUUGAACUUUCUCCUAUUGCUGAAGCACCAGCCUCUAAAACUGACUCCGAGGAGCAAGAAGAGAGUAAGAUGACAGCGCAAGAUAGAAGGGUAACAUUUCUAUCAGAAGAGAGUAAGGAGAAGCUGAGGCAAUCUAUUUCCAAUGAAGAUUUAGUUAAAACAUCAACCUCUUCCUCUGAAGUAUCCAACGAACCAACUUUAUUAGCUGCUUCGUAUGAUUUGGAUUCAGGGCAUGUUUCACAUAUUGUGACAGCUUAUGACAUGUCUCCAGACACCAUUGAGAGUCAGGUGCCACAUCCACCGGCACCUAAAGCUAUUCUUUCGAGUCCUGAAGAUGACGUGUUUGAAGUUGAACCUACUGUGGGAACUACUCGCACCGACGAGCCUUGCACUGAGCCAGAUUCUGAGAAGAGUUAUACCGGGCCUCAGUCUGAGGUCAUCAUUAUAGAAGACAUUUGCGUCAGCAAAGACAAAACGGGGUCGGAGUCGACGGAAUCUUUACCGCCAACUCCUGCACCGACGCCCAAAGAUGCAACCACCAUCAAAGAUACCGUUUGUAAUCUUCAAGACGCAGCCAACAAGCUGCAGACCGAAGGUCUCUUUGAUCGGCAGUUUGGAUCUGUAAGCAGUGAAACUUCUGAAAAACGUCCUUCGAGUUUUGAAAAGGACUUUUCAAAAGAUGAAAGCAGUGAUGAUGAUGAUGAUCAUGGCCAAUCAUUUGAAAUGGUUUCACCAACUGAAAUUAUUGGCUAUGAUCAGUAUGCUGCUAAAUAUUUACAAGGUGGUAUAGCGGGAUGCAUUGAAACAGCAAGUUUGACCGCUUCAGUGGAAUCCCUCUCUACAUCCGGAAGUAGUUUUGCUGACCUCAGAGCUAGUGAGCCCACAAGUAUGAAGUCUAGUUUAGAAGAGUUUGCAAGUGCUACAGCUUUUGUCGAACCAUCCGCACCUCCAAUGGAAGAAGUAUGUAAGAUUCCCAGUUCUCACACCAUGAAACCUGAUACCGAUUCCUCACCAGAUCAGUCACUUUUCAGCAGUAGCGAUGCUUCAGAGAAAGGUGCAGCCACUAUGGAUAUUGUUGCCUCCAGUGUUGCAUCUCCGGGUGCAUGCCGUCCUGAUUUGUUACCCUCUGACUCUUUUCAAAAGAGUUUGUCUACAGAGGAGAUCAGUGAAACUGAAAAUAUCGAAGACAUUGCUGCCGACAGAAUCUCCCAAUUACCAAAUGGUCCUACAGAGGUAGAUUUUCAACCAGACAUCGAUUCUGUGUCAUCUACUGUUAAAACUGUGGUGCCUGCAGCACCACCGGAUUUGGUUCAGUCCUCACCAUCAUAUGUUAUGGAAGAAGAAAAAUCACAGCAGGAAGAUGUUGCCAUGGAACUAGAAGACAAUCAGAUAUCGGCUGGUUCUGAUGCUGCUGUCAGAGAUGUCAUGACCGAUAGCUUGAUAGAAGAUGUGAAGUUGUCGGCUGAGCAACAGGAAGUCUUGGUAACGUCAGAUCAGACUUUAUAUGAACUUGAAAUGCCAAUGGAGGAAGAAGCUUCCCCUAUUGAACAAGUUGGUCCAACAUCAGCUACUGUUUCCAUAACUGAAACUACAUCAUCUGUGGUUGUUAAAACAGAAGCCCCUACAGUGGAAUUUCAUGAAGAACAACGUGAGAUAUAUCCAGCUGAAAUGGUAGAGUCUAGAUCACCGACUGAAAUCGUUGGACUGGAACCAGUGUUAGAUGACCUUGAAGAACAGCCAUAUGAGUUGAAGAAAGAUGAAAUUUAUCCUGGUAAAAGAGCACUUGAGUUUGAUGUGUCUAGCUAUGAAACUUUGUUAGAGGAAAGCAAAGAAAGACAGCAAGAAGGAGAGACCAGUGUGGUAGAGGUUAGCCACCUAAUUAGAGAAGAUCAGAGGAUUAAUCUGGAUGAUACUGAUGAAGAAACAGUUCAGUUUUCAGAUCAACUUAAAUCCGAUCAUGAUGUAAGUUUUGUUCACACUUCAGAAAAAGUGUGUACAGACAUGGUAGAAGAAGAAUUUAGUGAUCUAAGUAAAGAUGCUUCUUAUGAGCAAGUAGAACUGGCUGAAAGUAGUCUAGAAUUUGCUGAGAAAGCUGAAGAAGAACUUGAAGCGUUAGCAGGAAAAACCCCCGAAAUAUCAUUUGAACCAUCUAAAGGGGAACAAGAUUUGGACAGACCCAUAUCCCCAACACCCCAGGAUUCUCAAGAAGGUGUCCUCAGUGAUGAUUAUGAGAAGGUUAGUGCUAGUAUUAGCACAGAAGAACUUGAGAAAACAGCUACAGUGUUUGUAGACUCUGUUCUUGAAGAAGCCUCCAAAGUUCAGGAGAAAGCCCAGGUAUUCCCUGAACAAACAGAAGCUGAAAAGCCAAUCGAUGAAACAACUUUUGAUGAUAGCAAAGAAUCUGAAAAAAUGGUUGCUUUCUCAUUUUCAGAACAAUUUGACCCAUCAAUGAUGUGUCGGUCACAACCAGCCUUUUUCUCGGCACCACCUCCACCUUCCCAUCCCCCUCCUUUCACGAAACAGAGGGAUGAUGACAUGCCCGAGAUCACCAUCACAGAACACCUACACAAGAGUAUUGACAAAGAUGACUUUGUUCCAUCUGGCUUUGUUCCAUCACACAUGCCAGACUCUUCCUCUGAGCAGGAAGACAAAGAAUCUGAUGAAAAAGAAUCUGGAGAUGAUAGUCCAAAGGGUGAAGGAAUGUCCUAUUUUGAAAUGAUUCAGGAUGAAAUGGAAUUUGAAUCCGAAGAGACCGAAAAGAACGGAGUGUCAUCUCAUGAACCUAGUUCUUCGGCAUUCGUUAUUGCUGAUGCUCAUGCUGGUUCAGCAAAAACAUUCACCAGUGAACAAGAACUUGAAUGGAAUGUGCAGAAAUUUUCUGAAACUCCUGACAAAGUACCAACCACUUCUUCGUUUGAAGACUCCUUUUCUCUACAAACUAAAACUGAGCCAGUUCCUAUCAGUUCUUCAAAACAAUUCCAAAGGGAUUCUGAAACUAAAGAUUCUUCUAAGAACGGUUUCCUUGGAUUCGAGCCUUCGGUCAUGCAUGCCACUGACAUUCUGAGCCCCGAAGAUAUUGCUGAUACAUCAAGUGUGGACAGCUUUACAACAGUCGUUGGCGUAGACCAAGAAGGGGACGAGUGUGAUGAUGACCGCUUGGCUGAUGUUGCGUCGAUGACAUCAUCAAUCCAUUCCGACAUUUAUUCAAUGCAUACUGAACCAGAAGAAGAAGAACCGUAUGACUGGCCAUUGUUGACAGAAGAGGACAAAUCAGGGGAAUCUUCUCCAUGUAGCGAUCGUUUUGAGAUGAUUGGGAAGACUGCUUUAUCGGUGAUAUCUGAAAAGUCUGAUGAAGAUCGAUUUGAAAUGAUAGAAAAAGAUGAACUGGAAGCACUCUCUGACAGCCAUUCUAGUAGCAAAACCUCACCGGAAAUGAUAUCUGCCUCACCUGGUACUGUGGGUCACACCCACGGCUAUCCAAACAUACGUUACGCUGGCAGAAGUCGGGAAAAAGAUGAUGGGUCAGCUGCUUCUUCUGUUUCUUCGUCCUUGUUAGAAUUUGAACGGUUAGAAGGUGAAAUAGGACAAUUUGGCUCGCUUGGAUCAAAUGAAGCCCACAGCCUGCCUAGCUCUUUUGACAGUCGAAACUUCCAUUGGCGAGCAGCUGAUCGAGAUGAUGUGUCAGUUGCCUCUUCAUUAGGAGAAUUUGAACGUCUAGAGCGACAGAUUGCACUCGGAGGUUCAAUUGGCUCGUUUAGUUCAAUAGACAAGUUGAUGCCAUCAGGACAAGGUAGUGCAACAAAUGGAUCGAUGUCAUCACUGGCUGAAUUUGAAAACCUCGAAAAAGAGUGCACUGGGGGUGGAUACUCCAGUUCGGGAGAUGAUCGCCACAGUUCAUCAAGUGGCCAUAGCAAACGCAGUGCAAGUUCAUCGCUUGCCGAAUUUGAACGACUAGAACAAGAAAUAGUCAUAUCUGAAGAACUUGCUGCCGAAGCCAAGAAAAUAGCGUCAAUAUUGGAAUCAGGGGAGCUGCCUGAAUAUCCAGAAAGUGAAAGUUUAGGAAGUUCAUAUCAAUCAAAUGGUCACAUGAGGGAUGUACCUGAAAUAAUAGGUAAUUUUGAUAUUGAACAGGACUCCAUAGACGGAGACGACAUUGAUAAGGAUUCACUUAGCUCUGAAGAACCCAAGAUGCAAGAUGUUAGUCAAGUGGCUAAAGAAGAAGAAGACGAUAUAGACUCAUUGGACGGAGAUAGCAAAGAUGAACUUACUUCUAGUGUCAUCUUUGUCUCCAAUGCAGAAAUACAAGAUUCCAGUGAAAUGGGUCAAUUCGACUUUGAUCGAGAUUCUCUGCAAGGAGAUGAUACAGCAAUGCAAUUUUCUGUAGAAUCUCUGCAGUUAGACCAAGAUGCUUCAUUUGAUAUGCACAGUUCUGUUGAUUCGUUAGAAAUAAAAGACAAAUUUAGUCGAGACAUGCAAAGCUCAGCUGAUUCUCUAGAACUGAAAGAAAGAAUGAGCAAAGAAAUGGUAGACUCGACAGAUUCUUUGGAAUUCAAAGACACUGUGAAAGAUACUGAUAAAUUUGAAACAGAUUCACUGGUUGAUCAAGAUGACAUCAUGCAAACAUCUUCUGAUUCACUUGAUGCUUUUCCUGCACUAACACACCAAAACAUCAUGGAAGCCUCUUUGGAGUCUGCUCGUUGGAGUCUAAGCAGCUCUUACUUUUCCCAUUCCUCACAAGAAACAUUACGAUCUGAAUCCCACAGUGACUCAAGCCAUUCUAGAGAUGUCAUGCAAAUGUCUGCAGAAUCUGUAGAUUUUGAUAAAGAUAGAAGAUUUGAAAGUUCCGAUACCGAAAUGGAUUACAAGACGGUAUCAAGUAAGACAUUAACAUCAUCUGCUUUAGAUCCCGAAAUCCGCAUGAUCACAGGAAUAUCUCAUCCCAACAAUCCUUUCUUAGAUAAUGAAGGCAAUGUUAGGACAGAUCUGGGGUAUCCGGGCCACUUUAGAAAUAAAUACGAAUAUUCAAAGUUUGAUAAAGAAGGGAACUACCGUUGGAACACCGAGUUUGAAGAAACAACCAGAAACAACUCAUACCUUAACUGGGGUCCUUAUCAAGAGAAAAAGAAGGUUUACACCAUGACAGAAUGGGAAGCCAUGCGCAACGCUAAAAAGAGAAGUGCUGAUAAUGAAGAACUUGGCGGGGACAGUGAACAAGUGUCUGUCAUUCCUGACAAUCACUUUGCCCAACUUAACAACAAAGAAGUCUCUUCUAACCUUCCUUCUGAGCACACAACUUCCCACCCUAGAACUUCUUCACCUCCUCCUUCUACCGUUUUACGGCCUUCUUCUCCUGUUUCCUCUACUACUGCUACUACUACUACUACUACCACCACCACUACUUAUUACUCCUCUUCCAAUUCCUCCUCCUCCUCUUCCUCAACCUAUCAUGCUGCUGUGACUCGGCCUGACUCCAGCUCCACCAGUCAAACUGCUGCUACCUCCGAUCCUCUGCUAUACCAUCACAGUAUGUCGGACACUACUACUACUACUACUGUCCAUAAAUCCAGUAGAGAACACACAGAUUUGCCACAACAGAUGUCCACUGAAGAAUCACAGAGCAAGACAGAAGACCGACGAGAUUCCGAUGUGGCGCCUGAUGCCGAAACUGAGGACAGUGCCCAAGCUACCAGCCUAAUGAUGAAGAAAGAAAUUCACAAAAAGACAUACAUGCGAGACGGACGAGAAGAAACAUUUAUUCAAGAAGAGUCUCGUGUGGAACAACAGAAUGAAACACCAGAAGAAUUGCGUGAAAGCAUGCAGCAAAUUAUUGACCAGUUUAUGCAAACUCCAAGUGAAUUUGACCAACGACAGUGUCUGGAAGACGAUGUCUAGCUUCCAGUCCUGUUGUCUUCUAGCAAUUUACUCCAUCCUUAAAAAUAAAAACAUCUUCCCCCUACCCUCCUCUCUCUCUCAUAUCAAUGAAGACAUCUCUGGAUCUCCUUAAUACCAACCCCCAUCUCCAUCUAUCUAUCUAUCUCUGCUGCUUUGACUGCAAAAAGUCUUUUGCAAACUUCCAACAUGCUUUGUGCAUCAUUCCAAGUUAAGUGCAAAUCCUCUUCUCUCUCUGCCUUCCCCAAUUUUUUUUUUCUACAUUAUUCUUAUUUUCAUUUUUAACAAUUGUUUGUUUUGUUUGAUAUCAUCUGAAAUCCUUCCUCAACCCCCCACAAAACUGUCUCAUUUUAGUUACCUUUGCUUUUUUUUUUGUAAUUUGUUUUGAUGAUUGUUUUUGCUCUCGCAGAAACAUCUAUAUAUAUUAGAGCAAUGAUUUUUUUUUUUAACCUACCUGAUAAUUUGAAAUUUUAAAGAAUUGUGUAAGUUUUGCUAACCAUUUUGUUCUUUUGUCUGAAAACUCUUGACAAUAUUUAUUUAUAUCUGAAUUCUUUCUUGCCUUAGUUUACCCAAGUGUAUUGGGGAUUUCUUUAAAGGAACUCGAAUCUCAAAGCUUCCCACUCCCUAGUUCUCUCAACUCACUUGGAAGGAAAACUCUGAAUAUUUAAAACUUAAUGUCCAUUGAUAAUUAAAGUUGCUUCUAUAAUGACUUUCUUCUAAGAUGUCUAAGAUAUGCUUGGAAUUAAAGAGACUUUCUGUCCAUCAAUAAAGGACCUUAACAGUCCUUACUAGGAAAAUAAGUGACCUUUACUUAAUUCAAAUGACCUGAACUAGUGUGUUUUUUUUGUUUUUACUUUUUAAAUUCCUAAACAGCUGGUUUAAUCCAUUACAAAUACAAAAUAACUUUGUUGUUAAUGUAAUUUUCGAAAGAUAUUUUAAUUUUUUUUCUUAAUGGAACAAAAAAAAACAACAAAACCUCUUGUAGUUCUCUUCAUAUUUGCAAUAAUUAAUAUGAUGUUUAACGAGGAAUAUAGGUGUAAAUUAUAUAAAUUUUGUAAAACCUUAAAACUGAUAACUUUUCUACUUGAAACAAUAGCAGCCUAUUUUGAACCCUGCUGCAAUGUGACCUUAUCUGUGACCUUACUCUCAUUCCAAGAUUUCCCUUGACACACAAAAAAAAAAAAUAAAAAAUAAUUAUAAUACAAACCCUAUUUAAAUCUGAAAACUUUUCGUGUAACCCUGACAUACAAGAAAACUCCUGAUACGAAGACAAUAUUUCCUAAGAAGUUUAAACAACAAAAUUUAACAAACAAUAGACAAAAGAAAAUGACAGAACUGUUUCAGCGACCUAAACUAAAAGCCAACACUACUGUAAAAGUUCAUGAAAGUCAAGAAAGUGGCCAGAAGGAACUGACGAAGACAGGUACAGUGAAAAGCCCCUUAGCUGUAUAAAACGUCUUCUAAUUUCCUUACUGGAACAUUCUCUUGCAGCAUUAUAUAUAUUAAUGUCGUUUAAGUAAAAUAUUAAUAUGCUGCACACUUCUCUAUUUCCUCCAUCACUGGCUUUUCAACAUUAUCAGCCAUUAUCCAGAACACGGCUUGCUCUUCUACUCAGGCCAAUCUCUUUGAUAAUAAUAAUAUAGAUAAGAGAAGUAUUUCAAGAUAUACGAAUACAAAAAUGAAAAAGAAUAUCUAAUAAUAUAAUACUACUAAUAAUAAAUACUAAAUACUUUUACAGUUAGUUGCUCUAUUUGUAUGGAUGUAUGUAUGCAUGUGUGUGUGUCUGCAAAUGUAUGUUAAACAGUUCUGAAUUUUGAACAAGAAAAUAACUACAACAGCAAGCACAACAAUCACAACAAAGAAUCCACGCUCUGUAUGCUAACUAAACUAUGCUAUCUCGAGUCAAUAUUUUGAUGCACACAUUAUUUAGUGUUUUGCUUAACAGCUGCUUAACAGUUUUCUAUUCAAUAUUAUAUCUGUUUCACCACAGUACCAAACUGUUCAAAGAAACAAUAUAUAUAUCUAGAGAAACAGAAUAAUUAAUAUAUCAACAAUUCCUAAAUGCAAUCAAAUUUUCAAAAAUAAGGCCCUAAUUUGCUUACAAUAUAAGCUAUAUCUUUUUUCAGCUAAGCUAUUUUCCCUGCCCAUUUCUCUUUGUUUACUUCAGACCUGCCUAAUGUCACUUAUGCUUAUUGUAAUAAUCUCAAGCUAUCUUUAUAGACAUACUCCUCUUUCUCUUCUCCCCCCUUUCUCUCUCUCUCUCUCUGGGACUGCAAACUUUCUAAUGCACUCUGGGAAUAAAGGCUCUGUAUUUUCUCACUCUUAAUUACUAGGUUUGUAAUGUUUGUGGAGAUGUGAAUUUUUUCUUGUCAAAAAGAAAUAAUAUUAAUAAUGAUAAAAAAAUAUUAAUAAAAAUAAAAACAGCUUCCAUAAGUCUCA